CAGAACGAACGGUUGGAUCUUUUGCAAUGGCGUUUUACGGCGGUAGAAUCUCCAUGCAAGGCCUCGGGAGGAGCGGUCUUGUGACGAAAUGUUUUCACGGAAGUGAGCACGCAAAACUACGACGGCGGGCCCCCGUURGCGGAAGGAAUGUUGGGGCACUCCGUUCCGCGGCUUCCGUGGCGACCGGCGAAACGGUCGAAGCGGUUUUCGUCUUCCACCGACACGGGGAUCGAACCCCCGGAAAAUCGCUGGUGGCGGACGAGUUCGUGGAAGACGAGGCCUCGUUCUGGAGGACCAAGAUUCCCCCCUCCGAUCGGUCGUACCACCAAAUGCUGUCCGAGCGCUUUCCGRUGAUAAGGCCCGGUCUUUCCAACAAGAAAAUACCGACACCGGAACAGUCGCCGUUUCUGUUGUUCAAGGAACUCCAGGGAGGGAACGAAUCGUACGGGUUUCUAACGUGGAAGGGAAUGCAUCAAAUGUAUCACAACGGUGCCGCCAUGGCCAAGCGCUACRGUUUGCUGCCGCAUGGGUCCUUUCGAGAUCAUUGGGACAUCGAGGCGUUUAGCACAAACUACCUCCGCACCGUAAAGAGCUGCCAGGCAUUCCUGGACGGUUUGCUGAGCGACACCGUUUCGAAAACAACCGAUCGCGUGCCACUGGACUACAAACAGCCCACCCAUUACGAGGGCAUCGAUCUGGCAGAAUACCACAGGGCGAGGACUACGAGCGACUACGACACCACGGUAGAGAUCAAGGUUCGACAAGGCGAGAACGAAACUCUAAAUCCCUUCGACAGCGCUCCGCAGCUCAUGAAAAAUCUCAUGGAGGAUGCCAAGGCCGCGCCGGACUUUAUCGAGAGGGAUGCUGGGGCAGCCACUCUUAAGGCACAGCUGCUCGAAUAUAUACCGGGGCUUUCGCGGCAUUCCUCGUCURCCGAAAAAACGUCGGCACCUGUGGUAAAUUGGGUGAGUCCGAAGGAGCGACUCGUUUUGUUGCUGUUUUUGUCAUGGUCCUUGAGAAUGCGAGCAUCUCUCACCGCAAACCAAUCCGUUUAYGUCCGGGGAAYCUUUGUCGAUGUUUCAAGAUCGACGCGGCCGACUAUUUCGUGUGCCGAUCCUCGCACUCCGUGCCGGUCCACAAAUUUUGCGUAGACGAKGGGCGCGACAACGAGACCGCCGAAACAAGGUUCCGGUCCCUGGGUCGAGAAACUUUUUCGCACCUCUUGUCGCGGUUCCGAGGCUACUACGUGCAUCYGCCGCUCCUGGCCGAAGUUGCGGGACCCGCGCUCGACGAGAUUCGAUCGACAAUGAGGCAAGUUGUCGGGACUACCGAGGCCGACAUUUUUGGUGYUGCAAAGAAGCCUUUCCACAUCUACAGUUGCCACGACGUGACACUGUUGGGACUGCUGUACGCCGUCAAGGACAGAUUUCUGAUCGAGGACACGGAUCGGUUCCGGUCGCUUUCCAGCCAAUGGCCAACCUAUGCCAGUUGCCUUACGUUCGAACUGGUGAGACGGACGGCGAAAGGAAAAAGCAAAGAUGAUGAAGAGUUUGCCGUGAAACUCUGGCUGAACGAAGCCCCGAUCCCAAACUUUUGUCCUCGGCCUGUAGCACUUCUACAAGCUCCACAGGCAGAAAUUGUGCAUKCGAUUGGACUAGAAGAUUUCAACAAAUUGAUCGAUGAGCUAAAUGCAGAGAGAGAGUUUUAUUGUAGCGGGAGAUAAUGAGAUUGCAUUUACCAUAUUAUUAUGUGUUGGCAUCGCGAUUGAUUCGCUCGAUAGUGAGUCCGUCCAGCACUACGCAAAGYUAUUCUUGAAGAAGUUCACCCACGUGAUAUCCUCGAUCUCCUUUUCUACAUCAAAAGCGCAAAGUUUUCCGGAUUCCAUAAAAUGCUUGAAGUCAUGAUUAAUCCAMGCUAUUCGUUUUGAAGUAAACCMGUCCCCCACUAUUGCCUUCUCACUCUCGAUCGUCCAAUCAUACAACUGCUUCGUAACUCCCGAAACACAGAUUCGCGAUAAAACCUUUUGCCUAUA